AUGGCGGGGCAACCCAAUCCCUCCAUGCAGAUGAUCCAAAAUCAACAGGUGUGUGUCGACGGGCUGACUAAGUAUGCACAUCUCCUGCAAGUUAUUGAUGAAAUGGGAAGAGAUAUAAAGCCUACCUACGUUAACAACAAGAACGCUGCUGAAAGGCUGAAGAAAAAUAUUCAUUCUGCUCGUAUUCUAGUUCGUGAUUGCGUUGCAGAGCUGGAGAGGGUUAUGAAAAGUUGA